AUGGAAAGGAAAUCACGCGCGGGAAAGGAAAGGAAAUCACGCGCGGGAAGAGGGGGAUUGGGAGAGAGGGAUAAGAAGGGGAGGAGAGAUGGAGAGAGGAAAUCCAUCACACCUGCCAGCUUCCGCUUCUCUGCGCGCUCACGCAUCCCGCGUAGCUCGUCGAUUCCCGCGCAGGAAGAAGGGGAUUGGGGGAGACUCGUCGUUCCCCUGCUCUUCACGGUGCCCAGAUCCCGCUUGCUUGCCUUUGAUAGCACAAUGGCAAGUUCAGAUCCAGGGCAGAAGUAUGCCUACUGGCCAAACCUUUCUAACAAAGAUGUGGUGACAUGCACCCUAUGUGGUCACUCAUUUUAUGGAGGGAUAAAAAGGUUGAAGCAACAUCUAGCUGGUGGCUGA